AGGCUUUUGAACUGGUUUCUCGCUUCUCUGCUUGCAAUACCUCUGCUGUUUCUUUGGGAGUUAGCAUCGUACAUGCUGUGGCUUUGGGACUACUUAUUUUCACUUUGGUUCUUUCAUGUUUCUGGCUGAUGAAAAGCUGGCUGAGGAUGAAUUUUCUUCAGUGACAGUGACAAUCACCGAGCCUGGGAUGAGUGGGAGCCACACAGAUGUGUGGUGCGACACCUUCCCCUGCGCAGGACAAACAUGACCACCCCCUGACAACCUGCCCUCUUCUUCUGCUCACCUGAGGCACCACCCUUCAGUCAGAGCAGGGAGACUACCGACCAAAAUGUCCUCCCACAAACGCAGCUUCCAGUGCUUCAAUGCUAUAGGUGGUGAAGGCUCACACAAGUCUUCUCUCCCCUUCAAGCAUUGCACCAGCCGACUCCCCAGGAUCCACCACCAUGGCAUGGUGGCCCACCACGAACCUCUUGAGGAAUGCUGCUUUUGCUCUCAUUAUACCCAGGCCCAGGAGGCGAUGCAAACUCAGGUCACACCUUUGUGUCACACUCAUACCCCAUGUCACCACCAGUAUGUUCUCAGGGGACCAACCAGGCCUGAGGAGAACCCUGUGGCACAUUCAGGCCACAUCCUUCAUCACAGGCACAAUAAGACGGUGGUGUUGGUGAAGAACAGCGACCCCUCAUCCAGGAAGACCAUCGUCUUGCACCACAGGAGUCUACGAAGUUUUGGGCUUUUCUUAGAGGAAGUUUCGGAGCUCAUGCAUUACCAUAUCAGGAAGUUGUGCACUCUGGAGGGCCGCAAGAUUGACAAUGUUCAGAGUCUUAUGCAGUGCCCCAGUGUGCUUGUCUGCGUGGGACGUGAGCCUUCUCACCAGUCCAUUGUGGAGAAUUUUCACGAAACAUCUGAUGACAAACUUCCAAGUGUGAAGUCACGCUCCAGCGGCUGCAAUGAAGAACAUGGCGGACUUCCAACUAAGAAAAGUGCCACCAAUCAACAACCGGAAACUGACAGAUCUACCACGCAGUCAGUGCCAUCUGACAAGUCAUUGCCAGAUGGAACCGACUCUCCGGAUAAUGUGGAGUCCUGCCCGCAUACUGGUGAUGGAAUGAGAGAUGAUGAGAUAGAGAAACGGGUUCGUGUUAAUAAAGAUGGCAGUUUGUCCAUGGAAAUGAAAGUGCGCUUCCGGCUUCCAAAUGACGAAACAAUACAUUGGUCGACAGAAGUAAGAAAGACAUCAGGCGGGACCUGUGAGUUCCUGCAAAGACACAAUAACCCCCGUUUUGCACAGGUCAGCUAUUCAGAAUCUGAAAACAUCUCUGCUGGUGAGCAAGAUGAGGCUUACAUCACAAGGCGCUAUCAAAGACACAGAGGAGAGGAGCCUCACUGUCCUCACUGCUGCAGUGACUGUCAGGAUUACGACAUCUGGAAAAAUGUCCCAGGGACACAAGGGGCAACUCGCUGCAUUCAAACUUCCAGCUCAAGUGCAUCCUCACAUACGAUGGUCUCUAGAAAGACAGUGGUUGAAGGGCAAACUAGCGAAGAGCAUAUAGAACAAGUAGUGCAGAGAGAAACUUGUGUGGAGCAGACUGUUGAGGCAGCUGAAAUUGUAGAGUACUGCACCAUCAGAAGUGGUACUUGCUCCCCAAAGUGCAUGGUGCAAUCCUUCACACCGGACAAUUGUGAGGUGUGUGUUGACAGUUCCCCAAAUGAUCAGGUCAAUGUCAAUGCUGCUCAAAUACCAGAGCAAAAAGAACAAACAGAAUCUGCUUCUAGUGCUUCCUCUGAGCUUUUCACAUACAACGAGGAGGAUUAUGAGGAGGAUAUCCCACUGAGUGCUUCAAGAGCAUCUUCUCAGACUACUAAACCUGAAAGGGAAGAGACCACUGGAAGUGCAGUGUUAGAUACAGCAUCAUCAAUGCAACAUUCAUCCCCGAGCUCUACAGAUAGAACAUCCAAUGCUUCAGGGCACUCAAGCAUGUCAAGAAAAUCCACGAAAUCCUACACUUGUAAUUGCGGAGUGUCUAAAGAUCUGGAAGAUGACUUAAAACGACAAGUCAAUGCCCAAUCUGAUGAGGAAGAUGGGAUACAAAGAGAUCAACCAAGUGCCAUGUCUGUCAAAUCAAAAACCUCUGGCAAUGAAUCUGAAGAAAUACAGAAUACGGAAUCUGAAGACUUAGAGGAGAAAAGAUCUAAAAGUGCCAUGUCAGUUCAUUCAAAUGCCUCUACAAAAUGCGAUGUUUUAGAAGUCACAGCUGAAGAAAUGCAAGCACACGAUGACAAAGAAACCCAAGAAAGACCAUUAAGCAGCAUGUCUAGAAAAUCCUCUAAAACUGAAAAAUCAAUGAAGUCAGAAGUGGCAGCUGAACAACAUGAAUCAGAGGCGGAUGUUGAUGAAGAAAGAGCAUUUAGUUCAAUGUCAUCAAAAUCCAAAGCUUCUAUUAAAUCGAAAGGAUCAAGAGUCUCCUCUCUUCUGGAUGAAGAACAGGAUGAGGAGGUAACUGAGCAAAGGAUGUCAAAAAAGGCUAAAGCUAGUUUUGAGGAAGAGGAGGGAGCUGAAGAAGCUGGAGAAGAUCAAGAGAGAGUGCCGAGUGUCAUGUCAACCCAAUCAAAAACAUCUGAAUCAUCUGACGUUCCUAAUAAAGAAAGUGAUGACAAUCAUGAAAAUGAAAAUGAUGGACAGCUAACUGAAGAUGAUGAAGCUGAAGCGAGAGCAUCCAGCGCUUUGUCAGAAAAAUCAGUCAAGUCCAAAUCAUCUGCAAUAUCCAGUAAGUCAAAAGAAUUUAAAGAUAGCUCUGAGGAAAGCAACAAUAAUGAGGAAAUUGCAGAAAGAGCACCGAGUGCAAUGUCAGCCAAAUCUGCAAAGUCAAAUGCCUCAGCAGUGUCUACAAAAUCAUAUAUGUCAUCAAAAUCAGCAAAAUCAACACAGUCAAGUAUUUCUGCCAAAUCUAAUAUGUCAGAAAGAGCUCCAAGCAUUUUGUCCAGUACAUCUGCUAAAUCUGCACAGUCAAAUUCUUCAGCAAUGUCUAAAAAAUCAAGAGGUUCUGCAGUUCCGUCUGAAAACUGUGGUGCUGCUCCAGAAGAAAGUGUUGUUGAAGAGGAGACUGAAGGGAGAUCAGAGACCGCAAUGUCAGUACAGUCAGUUGAGUCAAGCAUUUCUUCAGAUCAGCAAAAUCAGCAAAGUCAAAUGUUUCUACAACAUCAAGAAGAUCCAAAGUUUCUGAAGUUCCUUUGGAAAAUGAGUUUGACAAUCCUGAGGAUAGAGUCGUUGAAGGGGAGAGUGAAGGAAGAGCACUGA